AUGGACGCCAUUAUAAAGGAGUGCAGGCACUUUGAGCAGGCUAAGAGCCGGCACAUCAACGGCGCGUUUGCCCGGCUUCUCAACACGGCUGCAACAUCGUCGUGUGAAGAUCGCGAGAGAACGCAGUCACCGGCACCCGUUCCACCAUACCAGGUGACUAGAAUCGUAAGGCGCUCUACAGAAGAAGAAAUGAGGCCUCACCUGCUGUUCACUGCACUAGCCGCCUUCGCGCUCCUUAACUCAGGCUAUGCCGUGCCACAUGAAGGUUCGUCAUCUGAAGACUCAAACGCAAUUGCUGAACAAGAUGACCACAAACAUGAUGAUGGAGGCUUCCCAAAGGAACAAUCCCAAACUGAAACAGAAAAAAACAAAAGCGAUCCUGAAACAAGCACAUCGUCCCCGAAAGAUAGCAGUAAGAGCCACCAAGAUGAAGCGCGUGAAGAAAACCUAGGUUCCAGCAAGAGUACAACAGGAGCAGACAGUGGUAGCCAACAUGAAGAGCUAGAACAAAAAGAUGACUCCGAAGAGACGACUACAGAAUGUGGUUCAACUUCUGAAGGAGACAACGGCAGCCAAGAUGAAGAGGGUGACAAAAACCAAGACCCCAGUGAGACUACAAAACCGGUUUCAACUGGAACUGAAGCAGACAGUGAAAACAAAGAUGAACAGCUAGACGAGAAUGAGAACUCCGAAGAGACGACUACAGAAUGUAACUCAACCUCAACUGAGGAAGACAAAGACAGUCAAGCUGAACAGCGUGAAGAGAAGGAAGGCUCCGACAGUCCUACUGAAGGAGAAAUGAGACCCCGGCUCGUCUUCGUCGCCCUGGCCGCAUUCGUUCUCCUGAACUUAGGCCAUACCGCGCCACAUGAGCGAACAUCAUCUGAGCACUCUGAACCAGACGAAAAUGAGUUUUCUGAUGGGGGCUCUCGAAAGCCAACACCCUUAAUUGAAAGUAGCAGAAGUGAUGCAGAGACGAGCACAUCAACAUUGAAUGGAAGCAACAACAGCCACCAAGACGAAGUAAAUGACCAGGAGGAAGACUGCGAUGAGGCGAAUACAGAAUCAGGCUCAACUAUCCCCGCAGCAGACAGUGCAAGCCAAGUUGAGAAGCUUGCAGAGGGCGAAGACUCUAAACAUACCAUGAAAUCCGGCACAAACUCAAGCGAAACAGACAGUGGCAGCCAAGACAAUGUCCACGAAGAGGACGAACACUCCAACGAAACUAAUGUUUCUGGCCCGACCUCAACCGAAGAAAACAUUGAAAGUCAAGAUGAUGAGCCCGAACAAGGAGAAAAAAGCACCGGAACUACUACAGAAUGUGGCCUAAUCUCAGCUGAAACCAACAAGGACAGCCAAGACGAACAGAACGAAGAAGAUAAAAAACACUUCAACGCAAUCACUGCAGAACCUGGCACAGUCUACACCAAUGCGAAUAGUGGCAGCAACGAUAAAGAGCGCGAAGAGGAGGACGACUGCAAUGAGGAGACUGCAGACUCGGGCUCAACCUCAACGAAUCAAGACGUUGGAAGCCAAGAUGAAGCCCAUGAAGAGGAAGGAGAAUCCAGCAAGACUAAACAAUCAGGCUCAACAAUAACCGAAGAAAACAGUGGAAACCAAGACAACGAGCAGGGAGUGAAUAAAGAAUCCGAUCCAUCUGGCUCAACCAUAAGCGAAGAAAACAGUGGAAGCCAAGAUGAAGGGAAUGAAGAGCAGAACUCCGACAACGUGAGUACAGAAUCUGGCUCAAACACAACCGAAGCCAACAGUGGAAGCAAAGAUGAAGAGCACGAAGUGGACGAAGACUGCAACGAAACAACAGAAGCUGUGUCAACCGAAACCGAAAAAAACAGUGAAAGCCAAAAUGAAUGGAACGAAGAGCAGCAAUCCACCAACGCAGCUGCAGAAACUGGCUCUAACUUGACUGAAGCCAACAGUGGAAGCCAAGAUGAAGAGCAUGGAACGGACAAAGACUGCAACAAAACAACAGAAGCUGGCUCAACCAAAACCGAAGUAAACAGUAGAAACGAAGACGACGAGCAGGAAGAGGACGAAGAAUCCCAGAAAACUAAACCAUCUGGCUCAACCAAAACAGAAGAAAACAGUGGAAGCCAAGAUGACCAGCACGAAGAUGACGAUGACACCAAUGAAACGACCGAAUCUGGCUCAACGACAACCGAAGAAAACAGUGGAGGCGAAGAUGGCGAGGACAAAGACUCCAAGAAAAAUAAACCAUCUGACUCAACCAUAACCGAAGAAAACGGUGGAAGCCAAGAUGAAGGAAAUGACGAGCAGAACUCCGAGAACGUAAGUACGGAAUAUGGCCCAAACACGACUGAAUCCCACAGUGAAAGCCAAGAUGAAGAGCCCGAAACAGAUGAAAACUGCAACGAAACCACAGAAGCUGGCUCAACCGAAACUGAAGAAAACAGUGAAAGCCAAAAUGAAUGGAACGAAGAGCAGCAAUCAACCAACGAAGCUGCAGAAACUGGUUCAAACUUGACUGAAGCCAACAGUGGAAGCCAAGAUGAAGAGCAUGGAACGGACAAAGACUGCAACAAAACAACAGAAGCUGGCUCAACCAAAACCGAAGAAAACAGUGGAAGCCAAGAUGACCAGCACGAAGAUGACGAUGACACCAAUGAAACGACCGAAUCUGGCUCAACGACAACCGAAGAAAACAGUGGAGGCGAAGAUGGCGAGGACAAAGACUCCAAGAAAAAUAAACCAUCUGACUCAACCAUAACCGAAGAAAACGGUGGAAGCCAAGAUGAAGGAAAUGACGAGCAGAACUCCGAGAACGUAAGUACGGAAUAUGGCCCAAACACGACUGAAUCCCACAGUGAAAGCCAAGAUGAAGAGCCCGAAACAGAUGAAAACUGCAACGAAACCACAGAAGCUGGCUCAACCGAAACUGAAGAAAACAGUGAAAGCCAAAAUGAAUGGAACGAAGAGCAGCAAUCAACCAACGAAGCUGCAGAAACUGGUUCAAACUUGACUGAAGCCAACAGUGGAAGCCAAGAUGAAGAGCAUGGAACGGACAAAGACUGCAACAAAACAACAGAAGCUGGCUCAACCAAAACCGAAGAAAACAGUGGAAGCCAAGAUGACCAGCACGAAGAUGACAAAGACGCCAAUGAAACGACCGAAUGUGGUUCAACGACAACCGAAGAAAACAGUGGAGACCAAGAUGACGAGGACAAAGACUCCAAGAAAACUAAACCAUCAGGCUCAACCAUAACUGAAGAAAACGGUGGAAGCCAAGAGGAAGGAAUGAAGAGCAGAACUCCGAGAACUGAAAGCCAAGAUGAAGAGCCCGAAACGGAUGAAGACUGCAACGAAACUACAGAAAGUGACCCAACCGAACCGAAGAAACAGUGA